AUGAGUUUCCGAUUCGAGACCUAUCAGCGUAUCCAGGCGAUGAUAUUUGCUGUGAUGGAAAUCAACCAGAACCCAGGUCUGUUACCCAAUAUCACACUGGGGUUCGAGAUCCACGAUUCCUGUACAGUUCUACAGAGGGCAAUAGCAGGUACCCUGCAGUUGCUGACUGGCCUAGGUCAAUCUCUGCCAAAUUAUAGAUGCCGUCAAAAUACUCCCCUGGCAGCUAUUAUUGGUCAUUCCAUCUCCACUUACUCCAUGCUGAUAGCUCAUAUCCUAGGGUUAUACCGAUACCCACAGCUUUUACAUUAUAUGAAGAGAGUUCAUCUUAGGAUGAGCAGUGGGACGGAAUUGUUCUUCAAUGAGAAUGGAGAUCCCCCAGCCUUGUAUGAUAUUGUAAAUUGGCAGCUCGGUCCUGAUGGAAGAAUCAGACAGGUCACCGUGGGCAGUUAUGAUACCGCAGCAGACAGGGGAAAUGCUUUUACUAUUGACACAAAUGCUGUUCAGUGGGGCACUGGUGAAAAACAGAUUCCUAUCUCAGUUUGCAGUGACAGCUGUUCAACAGGAUAUAGAAAGUCUUCCAUAUCUGGAAAACCAGUAUGUUGUUUUCAAUGUGUUCUUUGUCCCCAAGGCGAGAUCUCUAACCAAACAGACUCUGUAGAUUGCUCUAAAUGUCCAUGGGAUAUGUGGCCAAAUUUACAACGGAACGUAUGUAUGCCUAAACCUCACGAAUUUCUCUCCUAUGAAGAUCCCUUAGGUACAACAUUAGCUGUUGCAAGUGUUUCCUCCUCAUUAGUUCCAAUUGUUAUCUUUGUACUUUUUAUUCAUUAUAAGACUACUCCCAUUGUUCGAGCCAACAAUUACUCUCUAAGUUGUCUACUCUUGAUAUCCCUGUCUCUGUGCUUCCUCUGUGCUUUGAUUUUCAUUGGGCAACCCCAACUAUCAAAAUGUCUUUUGCGACAGGUUACAUUUGGCAUUGUUUUUGCUCUUGGUGUAUCCUGCAUCUUGGCCAAAACCAUUGUGGUAGUUUUAGCCUUCAAGGCCACAAAACCAGGCAGCAGUCUUAAGAAGUGGACUAAACCUCUUGUGUAUUAUUACAGUGUUUUUAUAUGUGUUGUUAUUCAGACAUUAAUCUGCAUCCUAUGGCUUUUGCUCUCACCUCCUUUCCUGGAGCACAACACCCAAAUAAAAUCUGGAAUUAUUGUUAUUCAAUGUAAUGAAGGUUCACCAUUUGCCUUCUGGUGUAUGUUGGGAUACCUGGGUCUUCUUGCCAGCAUCAGUUUCAUUGUUGCUUUUUUGGUCAGAAGACUACCAGAUAGCUUUAACGAGGCCAAAUUCAUCACCUUCAGCAUGCUAGCCUUCCUCAGUGUUUGGUUGUCCUAUAUUCCAGCCUCACUCAGUGCCCGAGGCAUGUACACAGUAGCCAUGGAAUUGUUUGCUAUUCUAUCAUCAAGCUGGGCUCUGGUUAUCUGCAUGUUUGUCCCUAAAUGUUUUAUCAUAUUGUUUCAACCUCACAUGAAUUCCAAAGAACAUCUCAUGGGGAAAAAGAGAAAUGUGCCUAAUAAUGUCAAACUUUUUAAAGCUGAAAAAUAA